CCGGGGCGGAGGGAGGAGCGGGCCGAGGAGGAGGAGGAGGAGGAGGAAGAGAAGGAGGCGAGGGAGCCCGGGCGGUGGCUGUGGCUGUGGCUGUGGCUGCGGCGGAGUGGGGUGGGGAUGGGGUCUGCUCCGCGCGUGGGGCUGUGGGCGCUGCUCGGGGUGUCCCUGGCCGCCCUGGCCGCCCUGCUCCUCCUCUGCCUGCCCCCCGCCAGGAUGCUCCGCCGCGCCCCCGCACAAAAGUACGGCAUCGUCCUGGACGCGGGCUCCUCGCACACGGCACUCUUCGUCUACCAAUGGCCGGCCGACAAGGAGAACGAGACCGGCAUCGUCAGCCAGCACAGCAUGUGCGACGUGCAAGUACGGCUGGGUGGGCCGGUGGGUGCGGCCGAAGCGGGCCACGGCGGGGGCGCUGGACCUGGGCGGGGCCUCCACGCAGAUCACCUUCGAGACGCCGGACCCGGCCGCCCCCGCGGUGCCCCUCCGCCUCUACAGCCAGCGCUUCCGCGUCUUCACCCACAGCUUCCUCUGCUUUGGCCGCGACCAGGUCCUCAAGAGGCUCCUCGGCCACCUCCUCAAGGCGUCCUCCUUCCGCCUGGCGCUGUCCAACCCCUGCUGGCCGAGGGGCUUCUCCCGCAGCUUCCCCAUGGAGUCGGUCUUCGGCUCCCCCUGCACGGCCCCCCUGCGGCCCCCCAACUACUUCCCCUCCGCCCUCGUCAACAUGAGCGGGUCGGGCAACGCCGGGCAGUGCCGGGAACAGGCCGCGCGGCUCUUGGCCUCCCAGGACUUCGCGGGGACCGCCCUGCCCAACGUCACCGGGAGAUUCAUCGCUUUCUCGGCCUUCUUCUACACGGUGGACUUUCUCCAGUCGGUGACCAAGAGGCGCGUGGCCUCCCCGAAGGACCUGGAAGACGCCACCGAGGAGAUCUGCAACAUGACCUGGGCCCAGCUGCUCCACGCAGAGCCUCGUAUGGAGCGCUUCCUGCCAGACUACUGCCCCAUGGCCAACUUCGUCUCCCUUCUCCUGACCCGCGGAUAUGGCUUCGACGAGACCACCUUCCUGGACAUCGCCUUCCAGAAAAAGGCGGGGGAGACGUCCAUCGGCUGGGCCUUGGGCUUCAUGCUGAACCUGACCAACAUGAUCCCGGCCGAGGAGGCCGGCUCCUGGCGGGCCACGGCGCCCGGGCCUUGGGUGGGCCUCCUCCUCCUCCUCGUGGCCAUCCUCCUCGUGGCCGCCGCCGCCUCCGCCUGCCUCCUGCGCGGCCGCACCACCCCCGGAGCCCUCUAGGCCUUGUGGAACUACAACUCCCAUUAUUCCGCCCCAGAGCUUGCGGAGCUCCGCCCCCCAUUGGACCAAGUGGGAGUUGCAGUUUAGGGAAGGCCUGCAGACCUUGCGGAACUACAGCUCGCAUUAUUCCGCCCCAGAGCUUGCGGAACUACAACUCCCAAGACUCUGCCCCAUUGAACCAUGGGAUUUGUAGUUUAGGAAAGCACUGCCUGGGAGAGAAGCCUGCAGAUCUUGCGGAACUACAACUCCCAUUAUUCCGCCCCAGAGCUUGUGGAACUACAACUCCCACGACUCUGCCCCAUUGAACCAUGGGAUUUGUAGUUUAGGAAAGCACUGCCUGGGAGAGAAGCCUGCAGACCUUGCAGAACCACAUCUCCUAUGACUCCGUCCCAUUGAACCCAGUUGAAUUUGUAGUUUACGGAAGCAGAGACCUUGCAGAACUGCAACCCCCAUGAUUCUGCCCCAGAGCUUGCAGAACUGCAACUCCCGCAACUCCACCUCAUUGAACCAAAUGGGAUUUGUAGUUUGGAGGGCAAUAUCUAGCAGAGAAAGCCUGCAGGCCUUGCAGAACUACAGCUCCCGGCGGUUUCAAACUGCUUCAAACCCUUCAGUGUAGAUACAGUUGCGCUUCUGUUUGCCUCGUCCCACCCAAGGCCAUGGAACGCAAUGCCAAUCGAUGCCGAGCCGAAUGUCCUGGGAGCCGUAGUUCCCGCCUGCCUCCUGGACCAUAGAGAGGGAUUGUGGAAGGAAUGAUAAAUUCAAAAUGUUUUUUAUAUGUAUCAUUACUUUUCAAUAAAAAAGGUGUGUUGAAAA